AUGCUCACGACGCCAGACUACCGCAUCAACUUUAUACUGGACAAGACGAACAUGUUCAGCUACCACUCGAUGGACGAUUCAACGACAAAGAAGCGUAAGAGCAAAGUCAAGGCGCUUGAGAUCAUAUGGAGCCACUUUCCCGGUCUGUGGCACGCACGCAACACGGUACAUGUCGAUGAUCUGCCUCAUAACUUCAACUUGAACCCGCGCAACGGCAUUCCGAUUGCGCGCUACGACUGCACUGACGAGGCUGCGACGCGGGACGCAGAGCUCUUGCAUCUCGCCACGUACCUGCAGAGCGUGGUCGCGCCUGCCGACGAUGUGACGUCGCUCGAUCUUGCGUCGUGGCGUGACCAUGAAGCAUCCAAAUAA